CCGCGGUAGGUACAGCCCAAACGGCCGAACCCCCAACGGAGCAGCUAAAAACUCUGCUGCCGGCGCUAGGAACACUCCAGCAACUCCUCUCUGGACGAGACGAAUCGAAGCCGAUCCGAGUUUCCAAAUGCCGCAGGCGCAGGCUAUGUCGGUCCUGCCGGUGGUGCUCCUCGGCUGCGGCGGCGUCGGCCGCCACCUCCUCCGCCACAUCGUCUCCUGCAGGCCUCUCCACGCCAACCAGGGCGUCUCCAUCCGGGUGGUGGGCGUUGCCGACAGCUCCUCGCUGCUCGUCGCAGACGACGUCCGCGCCAGCGGCCUCGAUGACGCGCUCCUCAACGACCUCUGCUCCGCCAAGUCCGCCGGCUCGCCUCUGUCCUCGCUGCUCGCUCGCGGGCACUGUCAGGUGUUCAACAAGCCGGAGGCAAUGGGGAAAGUCAUCGAUGCAGCUACCAUGCUUGGAAGAACAACCGGUCUGGUGAUAGUUGAUUGUUCUGCAACUUAUGACACUGUUGGUGUGCUGAAGGAUGCCGUGAAUCAUGGAUGCUGCGUUGUUUUGGCAAACAAAAAACCUCUUACAUGUGCUUAUGAGGAUUUUAAAAAGUUGACAUCCCACUUCCGUCAGAUAAGAUUUGAAUCUACCGUUGGAGCAGGUUUGCCUGUAAUAGCUUCUGUAACCCGCAUUAUUGCAUCUGGAGAUCCAGUUUCCCGAAUCGUUGGCAGUCUGAGUGGUACACUUGGCUAUGUGAUGAGUGAGCUGGAGGAUGGAAAAAAAUUUAGUGAAGUUGUGAAAACUGCCAAGGCUCUUGGUUAUACAGAACCAGAUCCACGUGAUGAUCUAAGUGGGAUGGAUGUGGCUAGAAAGGCGUUGAUCCUAGCUAGGCUUCUCGGGCAGCAGAUCAGCAUGGAGAAUAUCAAUGUUGAGAGUUUAUAUCCGAGUGAGUUAGGACCUGAGGUUAUGUCCACAACGGAUUUCCUUGAGAGUGGGUUGGCAAAACUUGAUGAGACGAUUGAAGAAAGGGUCAAGGCAGCAUCUUUGAGGGGAAAUGUUCUGCGCUAUGUUUGUGUCAUUGGAAGCACAGGGUGUCAAGUGGGCCUUCAAGAGGUCCCAAAAGAUUCUGCACUGGGGAGAUUGAGGGGAAGUGACAAUGUGGUGGAGAUAUACAGCAGAUGCUACGAGAGCUCCCCGCUGGUGAUCCAGGGUGCAGGAGCCGGGAACGACACCACUGCCGCAGGAGUUCUCGCUGAUAUAAUCGAUCUCCAAGAUCUUUUCCAGACAAGAGCGUGAUUGUCUUGUUUAGCACCAAGGAGUUUGAUGCGUUGUAUGAUCGACCAUAAUGUCCAUUGAACUGAAAUUGGUUCUGGCGUUUGAGGUUGUAUGAACAUUUUCGGUUGUGUUUGGCUGCUGUUGAUUUGACAAAUCAGGAUGGUGCCUUUGCACUCAGGCUGUCCUUUAAAAUUUGGGAUAUAUCCUAUGAAAAUAGGCAAAUUUCUUUGUGAAA